AUGGGUAAGCAAAAGACUACAACGAAAUCUACCAAGAGGUAUAGAUACUCAUCUUUCAAGGAUAAGAUUGAUGAUUUGAAGAUUGAACCUGCUAGAAAUUUGGAUAGAAGGGUUCAUGAUGAUGUAGAGACCUCCCAUUUUCUAUCCUCUUUUGAACACUGGAAGGAUAUCAAUUUGAGUGGGAAUUUCGGAUCCUUUAUGGAUUCGGUAGAGAAAUUGGUUCAAACUUUGCCUCAACUUUUGUACCAUGAGGAUGAAAUCUUUGCGAAUUUGGAGCAAUAUAUAGAUAAACACGAUGAGAGAUCUUUACAGCCGUUGUGUGAUCUCUUGGCUCAGUUCUGUCAUGAUUUGGGACCUGAUUUCAUGAAAUUUUAUGAAAGGGCGGUUACAUGUUUGAUUAACUUAUUGGAAGCUGCCACUGAAUUUGAAAACUCAAACGUGUUCGAAUGGGGGUUCAAUUGUUUGGCAUACAUUUUCAAGUAUUUGUCACGUAGUUUGACUCAGAAUUUGACGCCCACUUUCGACCUCUUAUUUCCGUUAUUGUCACAUAAGAAAGAAUACCUCUCCAGAUUCUCCGCUGAGGCUCUAUCGUUUCUAAUAAGGAAAUCUCCACAGAAACAUUUGGCCACUUUUGUCACAUUUUCGUUCCAAAAAUUGUGCUUGUUAAAGAAUGAUAAUUUUUAUGACGGUUUGCAAACUUUAUUUGGUGAAUCAUUGAAGAGUACUUCCGAGGCAUUGCAUUCAAGAUCAAAUAUAAUAUUCCAAACUCUUCUGCAAAUCGCAUUCGAGAAAAAUUCAGACAUAGUAUGUGUCUCUUUACUUUGUGACAUCAUUCUAGAUAUCACUAGACACACUUCUGCGGAGAAUAUUCAGAGUUUAUACGAUUUGAUCCUUGAAUUCUUGGACGAGAAUUUGAACGGAUCUAGUGCUGCUGUUGGUAAAACGUUGAGAAUGUUAUCUACGCUAUCGUUUGCCGAGAGUGGUAGAAAAGUACCAAGUUGGGAAAAGUUAUCUGGUGUUCUACGUAAAGCCACUCAACAUGAUAGUCUAAAUGAAUCACAUGCAGAUCUAGUGUCGUUUACAUUUGCCAUCGUCUUACGUAAUGCUGACGUUAAAACGCUAACUUCUCUGCAUAAAUACAUGUUCGAACUCUACUUGACGAAAUUCUCAGCUCAUUUCAUUGAAUUCUUCAAGAUUUCUAUGGAUAUCGAUAAGGGUAAAGUGCUUUCUUUCAACGGGUUGAAAUACUUGCAGAAAUACGUUAAUAACUGCUGGGCAGAUGGUGCUCAGAAGAUUGCAUUGUUCCUUUUAGAAUCGGAAUCUUCACAAGAUUUGGACUUGGUAAAUCAUCUCUCUGCACCGGAAUUCGCAACCCAGUUGUUGAAGGAUAUCAGCGAUGCUAAUGUAAACGAUGAACAGGAAAUUUUUUCUGUGUAUUGGAAACUUAUAAUAUUAAAGACAUUGAAACAAGAGGAUGAGGAAAUCAUUAUGCAUUUGCUAGAGAGGGUUUUCCAAAAGGAUGUGUUAUCGGAUUUUGAAAAGGAUUUUGUUGGUUUCCUACUUCAAGCAUUAACAUUUAAAAUCACUUCAUCUGAGUCGGUCAUGGCUGCAAAAUUAUUGAAUAUUCUAGUUCCGAGAAUUAUAGAGCUACAGAACAGUAGAUAUUUUAUUGAAGGUAUUUCACAUGUUUUAUCAUAUUUGGAGGACGACACUGAUAUUUUGAAAUCUUUAUCAAAGAUUUUACCCAUAUUAACAGAUAAUCUAUUACUUCCGGACAAAACCAUCCGUUACGAAACCCUUAAGUUUAUAAUAUCUGUUCUAGAAAAGCAAGGCAACUCAGUUCCCCAAUUAUUUUAUGAUCUAAGGAUUUUGGAAGAAAUCCCUCUGGAUCUUCAUACAAGCCGUGACAUUACUCUCAGAGUAAGGAAACUAGGUGCAGACUUUGCCAAGAUGGAAGCUGAGGAUUUAUUGACUAAUGUCUUUUUCAAACAUAUGUUUGGGCUUCUAACUGUCAGAUUCUCUCCAAUUUGGGAAGCUAUCUAUGAAAUAAUUCCAGAAGUUUACACCAAAAACCAAUCCCUUGUGUGGAGUUUGGCUAUGCGUUUCCUCACUGUUCUUGAUGAAACAAAGGACGUCAAAUAUUAUAGCAUUUCCAAUAACAUUGACCUUCAAGAACCAUUCUGGACCGUUAGUAUCAAUAGAAUGAAUGACUCCAUCCUUGCUUCUGACAAAGUAUUUAAAAAAUACUCUGCUAGCGAUUCAACUAUAUUGGAUGUUUUGGAGGAAAGAAGGAAUUCUAUGGUAUAUCCAUCAUUGAUUAGAAGUCAGAUAUUCAAAGUUUUAUUGUCGAUUCCUAGUUUGGCAGAGCGUCAUUCAAGGGACAUAGUUCCUUUUUUAUUUAAUGAAGAAGAAUCUGAAGAAAUUUUUAUCACAGAAGAUCAACCAAGUAUGGAUGUACUAAUUCCAACAGCAUCACAAUGGACUGAAAGUGAUAGAAACCUUUUAUUAAAGCUCGUUGGCAAAUUCAAAAAUAUCAAAUCCAUUUACAAAUCAGAGGAAGUGCACGAUAGGUUAAUGGCACUUUUGAGCAGCAGAACUACAGAAGUUCAAAAAUUAGCUUUAGAUGCGUUGUUUUGUUACAAGGAAUCUCAUAUAACCAAGUACAGAGAAAACUUGAAGAACUUAUUGGAUGACACUUUAUUUAAAGAUGAAAUUACCAAGUUUUUAGCAACCGAUGACACCAAAACUAUCCAAAAGCAAGAUGAAGAAGCUGUUAUGGGUUAUAUUGUGAGAAUUCUCUUCGGCCGUGUUCAAACCCCAAAUACAAGUGGUCUCAAGAAGAGCAGGAAAACUGCAGUAAUCACUAUUUUGCCUAGUUUGGAAAACCGCUACAUUAUACAGUUUUUGCAGCUCGCCACGGGAAAGUUCAAAUAUGAAUACUUCUUUGAGAAUGGGAAUAAAAUUGACCUUACUUAUGCGACUUCUCUGACCUUAAGAAAGAUGCUUGGUUUCAUCAAUGUCGUUAAUUCGUCAUUGGCAGUGUUGGGUUCCCAAUAUCCCGACGUGAUGAAAACUGUUAUAAGGCCUCUAAUAUAUGCUAUCAACAUGUCAAACUUUAUUGUUUCUGAAAAGUCCGAUGAGCAAUUUGUCGAAAAGGUAGCAUCUAACUUGAGGCAAAUAGGACAUAAGUGUUUGCAUAAUCUCUUUAGUCAACUAGGAGACGUUUUGGAUUGGAGGCCUUUUACUGCUGACAUAUUCAAUAAUGUGAUUACACCCCGUCUAGAGAAAUUUGAAGAUGAGAACUUGCAACAGGUAUCAUCUGUCAUGAAAAUUAUUACAUACUGGGCUGAACAAAAAUCACUCUACAGUUUCCUAUACUUUGAUGAUUUGUCUGCUGUAGCUGCCUUGAUGAAAACAUUACAAAAUUCAAAUGCAAAGGAGUCUGUAGUGGGUGUGAUAUUGAAUUUCUGUAAUAAGAUAAUCAAUAACCCUGACCAGGACCCAAAGUAUGUUGAGCUAAUCAUUAUGAUAGUUACGAUUUGCUUGCAGCAGUUGCCUGUGCUACUACAAAGGUGCACGGAAAGUACUGUUAUUUCUGCUGCAGUAGACUUGUUGCUAAAUAUCACCGAACUUGGUUAUGUUGAAGAUAACGAAACAAGAGAAUUGUUGGUGGGUUCAUUGACUCAAGCAUUGCAAAAAGAUCUCUCGCAAUUCACUGUGAAAGAUAAAGUGAAACUUUUGAAGACAUUAUCAACUUUGAUGGAUAAUUUCGACUGUUCGUUUUCACAAGUUGAACCAUUGUACAUUGCCGCAUCUAAAUUAUACAGAUCUUAUUCUGAUAAGGAUCUCAGACAGGCAUUGAACAAUAUUUUUGUGAGCAUUGGUGCGAGGUUCAACGAAUAUGAGGCUGUUGGGGCGCUGUUGGCUGAUUUAAAUUCGUAUUCGACCAGCAGAAUGAGAGAAUAUGACUUUGAAAGAAGAUUACCGGCAUUCAAGCGCUUCACAGAGAAAGAAUGUGACUCUUACACAGAAAUGCAAUGGUUGCCUGUAAUCUACUCAUGCUUGUUUUUCAUCAAUGACACUCAAGAAUUAGCUAUUAGAACUAAUGCUUCUCACACAUUAAAUCGAUUUGUUGAUUGUAUGAACUCAAAGCUCUCAGUUGAAGAUGCAAGUGCAUACAUAGACAUAAUGAAAACCAUCAUUUUACCAAAUAUCAGGUCAGGUUUAAGAAAGAACAUUGAAGAGAUUCAAAAUGAAUAUAUCUCUCUCAUUGCUUAUAUUGUCACAAACUCUCAAUAUCUGUUUGAAAUUGAAGAUAUGAAAGUUCUAUUACACAAUGGUGAUGAAGAAGCUGAUUUCUUCGUUAAUAUAAACCAUAUUCAGUUGCAUCGUCGUCAAAGAGCUGUCAGACGUCUAAAAGACUAUGCUCCAAAGCUUUCUGACAACAGUAUUUCGCACUACUUAAUUCCUAUGGUCGAGCGCUAUGUUUUCUCUACCGAAGAGAAGUACAGAAACAUUGGUAACGAAACCCUUAUCACUAUCGGUACUCUAUCGAACUAUAUGUCAUGGAACCAAUACAAAGCCUUAUUCAGAAGGUACAGCUCUAUGUUGAAGAAGAAUACUGAAAAACAAAAGGAAGUGGUUUCCCUUCUUGUCAAUAUUUCUGUUUCCUUAAAGAACUCUUUACAAGCAAUGAGAACUGGAGAUGAAUCCCUACCAACACUCAGAAAGUUCCCAAAAAGCUAUCAAGAACCGGAAGCUUUCAUAACAAAAGAUAUCUUCCCUAGCUUGAGUAAGAUCUUAUCGACUAGAGAUGACGAAACAAUUGUGUCUAGAGUUCACUUAUCAGAAGCAUUAGUGAACCUCGCAUUGGGCUUGGAAAAGGAUGACACUGCGGCACUUUUGCCUGGUAUUUUAACCAGUGUAUGUCAGGUUUUACGUAGUAGAUCGGAAGAAUUGCGUGAGGCAGUGAGAAAGAACUUAGCAAAUCUUACUGUUAUACUAGGCCCACAAUACUUAUCUUUCGUCAUCAAGGAGUUAAAGUCAGCUCUUACCAGGGGCUCCCAAAUCCAUGUUUUGAGUUAUUCUUUGCAUUUCGUAUUGAUGUCAAUCUCUGAAACCCUUGUUCAUGGUGAUCUUGAUGAAUCUGUUGGUAUGAUAGUCGAUGUUAUCAUGGAGGAUAUUUUUGGUGCUGCUGGUCAAGAAAAGGAUGCAGAAGGAUACACAUCCAAAAUGAAAGAAGUCAAAUUUAAUAAAAGUUAUGAUACCGGUGAAUUGGUAACAUCCAACAUCACCCUCCCAAUGUUUGGGUCGUUAUUGCGCCCUGUCAAUGUAUUGUUGCAUGAAAGGCUUGCUCUAAAAUCGCAAAACAAACUCAAUGAAUUAUUAAGAAGGUAUGCCUUGGGUUUGAAUCAUAAUCAAGAAGCGUCAUCUCCAGACGUUCUCAAAUUGUGCUAUGAGAUAUUUAAUCAAUCUCACUCAGACAAGAGUAAUAGACCCAAUAAAGUCAGAACCACUAAAGAUGAGCGUGCAGAUUUCUUUUUAGUUGAUCUUAACUUUAAAUCAGGCACUGUCCAGAACGAUACAACUAUUUACGCUCAUACUUUGCAAAAAUUCUCCUUAGAUCUAUUGAGAACGGCUGUUACCAAAAAUGCCAACCUAAUGGAAGUUAAAUAUCUACAGCCUUUCAUCCCAUUAAUGAAAGAAACUCUUGUAUCUGAUAACGAGGGUGUUGUCAUGGCUACUUUACGCCUUUUGACUAUAAUAAUUAAGUUGGAUUUCGAAGAAGAAGCUGAGGCUAUAUUCAAAAAUUGUGCCAGAAAGGUCUUAGAAAUUGUCAAGAAUUCACCAUCAACAUCAUCAGACUUGUGUCAGAUGGGCCUCAAAUUUUUAUCAGUCAUGCUCCGCCAUAAAGAUAUUCAAUUGAAAGAUACUGCCCUGGGUUACUUGUUAGGACGUCUCCAACCUGACUUGAUGGAACCUAGCAAACAGGGGUUGGCGUUCAACUUCGUCAAAGCCUUGCUAUCAAAGCACAUAGUACUUCCAGAACUUUAUGAUGUUGUAGACAAUAUUGCGGAAAUCAUGGUUACAAAUCAUUCUAAGGAGAUCAGAGAUGUUGCCAGAGGUGUGUACUAUCAUUUCCUUAUGGAAUAUGAUCAGAGUAAAGGAAGAUUAGAAAAACAGUUCCGUUUUAUGUUGAACAACUUGCAGUAUCCAUCUCAGGAAGGUCGUCAAUCAGUCUUAGAACUCGUCAACUUAGUCAUUAACAAAUCUGGUGCAGAACUUGUGAAGAAAAUUUCAUCAUCUUUCUUUGUUUCCUUGGCGAACGUUUGCGUCCAAGAUGAUGCCCCGAAGUGUCGUGAAAUGGCUUCCGUUCUUCUUGCCUCACUCUUUGAAAAAUUGGGGAAAGCAAAUGUAAAGGAAAUCGAAAAGUUCAUUACCGCGUGGUUAAAGCAGGCUGACAAUGAACAAUUUUUGAGUUUGGGUUUAAAGAUCUACAAGAUUUACCUGAAUAAACUUGGAGCUGGAGUAAACCCUUCUCUUGACACAUUAGCGAUAACUCGUGUGAAGUCUAUUAUUUCCAAUACAAACGUCGGAUCAGAUUCUUCAUGGGACCUCGUUUAUACCGCAUUAUCUGUCUUCACUGUUUAUGUUGCUAAAAAUGAAGGCCAAGCAUUCAGUAGCGAAUUUGAUGAGACCUGGAAGCAAAUUGCCAACUGUCUGUUAUACCCUCAUUCUUGGGUUCGUCUCUCGGCUGUUCGUCUCGUCAAUCAAUUGAUUAACAAUCUUUCCAAGCUUGAGGCUCCAUUGGAUGACUAUCAAAUUCAAACGAUCGCAUAUAGAAUUUUCCGUCUGUUGGGAGCACCAAAAUUACCUGAAAACUUGUCGUCAGUUGCUGUGAAGACUCUUCUAGUUAUAAUCAUGAAAUGGAAUGAAAAUAAUACGCCGUACAUUCAUAAUUCAGAAGAGAAUUCAGUGUCCAGAUAUUCAAACGCGAUAGAGUUUGCCAUUGCUAGAACUGGUUGGAUAAUCAGAAGUGAGGAUAAUCCAAACGAUUCUCAUAAUUCGAAAAAAGCUGCCAUUCAGCUGGCUGCAUUAACCAUGCAGAUUUUGAGCAGCGAAAGAUUGUCAGAAGAGGCAGAAAAAUUCAUUAUGCCAUUAUACAUGUAUGUUGAAACUAAUGUUAACAGAUUAGACGAAGAUCAAGAGGAGCUUCAUAACUUGGCUCAAGAGUGCAUAAAAAUCUUGGAGUCCAAAAUAUCUGUAUCAGCUUUCACAUCAGCAUAUGCUAGUGUUAAGCAGCAGGUAAUUAAAAGAAGAGAAGAAAGAAGAGCAAAGAGAGCGGUUUUAGCUGUUAGAGCGCCUGAUGUAGCAGCUAAUAGAAAACUAAAGAAGCAUGCAAGAUCUAGAGAAAAGAGAAAGCAUGAAAAGGAUGAAAACGGAUUCUAUCAGAGAAAAAACAAGAAAAGAAGAAUUCCAUAA